AUGGGGGAGGAGAAGAGGCACCAGAUGAUGCAGAACUUGUUCGGCGAUCAGUCCGAAGAAGAAGAAGAGGUCGAUUCCGAGCACGAAUCCAAUCCCCAGCCCAAUUAUGCUUCCGAUGAAGCUGAAGGAGAGCUGAGGAACGAAGGUGAAGUUGAUGUUGAUGGACAGGAGGAUGUACAAGUGGAAAGUGAAGGUGAAAUGCGUGAAGUAGAUCCUGAUCCUGGAGAAAGUGAGGGUGAGAGAGAACAAAGUUCCCAAGAGGUAGAUAUUGGUGAUCAGAGGGAUGAAAGUGAUGUAAAAGAUUCCGACAGUGAUACUAAAGGAGAGUAUGGUCACAGAGUGGCUACCAGCCGCAGACGCGAUGUAAUUGAAAGUGGGUCAGAGGAACAUCAUUAUGUUGAUCAUGAAGAUGAGGAAGUUGAUCAGGCUACAAGCCCAAGUAAGUCACCUGAGGAGGAGAAAGAUCAGGCUCAAAUUGCACAAUCGGCUCCUGAGAUUCGUGAUGUGUUUGGUGACUCUGAGGAUGAAGACGAAGAUGCGUAUGCAGUUCAUAAUGACAUUGAGCAAGAUUCAAAUAUGUCUCCCAUGGAAGUGGAAGGAAGCUAUGAAAAGGACCUGAGACCAGAGGAUAUGCUAGCUGAUGAAGAUGCUCAAUAUGAGUCAGAAGAGGAGAACCUAGAGGCUAAACCUAAAGAGAAACCACUUGCCCCCCGUUGGGCUCUUCUUGUUUUUGGAGUUAUCAGUGUUGCCCAAAAAUUGUACAUUGCUUGUUUAUCAUUUAUGGUUUCUGGAAUGCUUUUCAAAUUAUAUUUUACAUGGAAGAAAAGCUUCCUGAUCCGGGUGAGAACCUUCACACUUACAAUUUCUGGUCAAAUACCACUCAUGUGGAUGCCUGCCAUGUUUGCCCUGGAUAAAGGGACUAUUUCUGUCCUGCUUCAGAUGAACAUGAUUAAAGUAUCCAAUAUUAUGGGCAUUGACCCAAACCAAUUUGAUCCUAAGACGUACGUGGAAGAGAAAACAUUUGUGACAGAUGAAUCUGGAGCUCAAAAACGAAUUCGCCUAGAAAACAAUAUUGUACGAUGGAGGACUGUUAAGAAUCCUGAUGGCUUGAAUUCCGUUGAAAGCAAUGCACGCUUUGUGAGAUGGUCUGAUGGUAGUUUACAGUUAUUAAUUGGGAAUGAAGUUCUUGAUAUAUCGGUGCAAGAUGCACAACACGAUCAAACACACCUUUUUCUCAGACACAACAAGUCACUUCUUCAAUCGCAAGGAAGAAUAUUAAGGAAGAUGAGGUUUAUGCCGUCAUCAUUGUCAUCAAAUUCUCAUAGGCUAUUGACUGCUCUUGUUGACUCACGCCAUAGAAAGGUUUAUAAGGUUAAGAACUGCAUCACCGACAUUGAUCCUGAGAGAGAGAAGGAGGAAAAGGAAAAGGCUGAAAGUCAAACAAUAAGAGCAAAUGUACUUCUCAACCGAAAGAGGGAAAAGGUGAACCGGAAAUAUACACCAACUGUAGAGCGGAGGCGCCAACUAUCGCCAGGAUUUUUAGAAGGUGCUCUUGAUGAGGAUGAUGAACCAGAUUAUUAUGACUCUCGUCAUUCUCACCGCUUUGAGGAAGAUCUGGAAGUUGAAGCUCGAGCAGAGAAACGCAUUAUGAAUGCUAAGAAGGGACACAGAGACAUGCUGCCGAAGUCAUCUAUGUCUUCUGUGAAAUCAUCAAAGCGCCCAGUGGAUUUCUCUGACAGUGAAAGAGAGGAAUCUGAGUAUGAAACUGAUGGGGAUGAAUAUGAGAAGUCUCCAGUUCGUAAGAGGGUUGAUGAACCAGAGCAGGAAUAUGAAGAAGAGGAAGAAGAGGAGGAAGAACGCUACGAGGAAGAUACAGAAGUUAAUGGAGUCUCCGAGGAGGAAGAGAUUGUAAUGACAUUGGCAUGUGGGGAGGAUUACUCUUCUGUUGCUAUCAUGGGUUUUUUUAUGGAGCCAAAGCAAAAGGGGAAGGAAUUUGGUGGCAGUCGCAAGAGGGUGGGAUUUGAGUCAGAUGAGGAUUCUCCUCCAAGGAAGAUUCAAUCGGGUCGUCGAAUGACAGUGGUGUAUGAUAGUGAUGAGGAAUGA